CUGAUCAGAACUGGGGCAGAUUCUUCUAUCAACCAGAGCGUCGGGCUGUCCAGAGGUUGUCGACGAUCGUCUCAAGACGGACAUCACGAAGCCACUGAAGUGAAGCCUCGAGGUGGUCCUCGAGUCACCAGCAAAGUCAGCAUAUCCACUGCCCGCCAGUUCUGCCAAUCGCACUCCACGAAUCGGUACUCUGAGAUCCACCUCUUGCCUCACCAGUGCCCUCUGCCUCACAGCCUCUCCACUCCAGGCCCAACUCUACAUCUGCUUAUCCUCGGACUCGUCUUCUUCUGCUUUAGCUGA